AUUUAUUUUUAUUUAUUUUUUAUCUCAAGUACCCAACUGUUCAACACCCUUUUGCUGGGGAAAACACAACGAUCGAUCAAUCAUGUAUGAACACUAUAGUUAUCUAUUAAUCACACUCGUAAUCCUUGUUAGAUUCCUUGACAGUCAAUCGGGAUUACUCUGAAAGCUAAACAAAUUUGGAAGGAAAACGUUUGUAAACCCUAAAUUAUAGAAACUUAGGAGGAUUCAUCAAUUAUUUGUGUUAUUUCAAUCAGAUAACCUAAUUUGUUCAUUACCUGUUCCUUCAAAUCGGCGGCAUAUUUCAAUGGCACUUAGCUUUAUUGAUGGGUUGGAUGAGCAUUUGCUCAGUGAACUAAUUGCUCAAGGUUCGUUGGACUUCGACACUUGGGUGUUGCUCAUCUCGAGUGUUGAACAAAUGUAUCAUGACGAUUUAGAUAAAAUUCGUUUGGUGUACGACUCGUUUUUGUCUGAGUUUCCACUAUGCUAUGGGUAUUGGAAGAGGUAUGCCGAGCAUACAUCACGCUUAUGCAGUGUGGAAAAUGUUGUUCAAAUCUUUGAAAAGGCAGUCAAAUCGGCACCAUACUCUGUUGGUGUCUGGGUCAACUAUUGCAGCUUUGGUGUAUCAUCUUUUGAGGAUCCCUCAGAUGUUUGUAGAUUGUUCAAAAGAGGGCUUUCUUUUGUUGGGAGGGAUUACCAUUGCUAUAAUUUAUGGGAUAAAUAUAUUGAGUAUGAGUAUUCUCAAGAACGCUGGAGCUCUUUGGCAAACAUAUAUAUUCAAACAUUAAAGUUUCCAACAAAGAAGUUGCAUCAAUAUUAUGAAAGUUUCAAGAAAUUGGUCGUUAUUUGGAAAGAGGAUGUAAAGUUUCAUGGAAGUUUUCAGAAGGAAAUGCAGCCAGAACAUGAUAUGGAUGGUGAAAUUUUGGCAUCUAGAGAUGCUGAAAUUUCUUGUGUUGUAAACGACUUGAUUGAUCCAUCCACCAGAACUAAAGCAUUGCAGAAAUAUAUAUCUAUUGGAGAAUGCUUUUACCAAACAGCCUGUGACUUGGAUUCAAAAAUACAAAAGUUUGAGCAGAACAUACACAGGCCUUAUUUUCACGUGAAGCCACUUGAUGACAGUCAGCUGCAUACUUGGCAUCAAUACUUGGAUCUAGUUGAGAUGGAAGGUGACUUUGACUGGGCUGUGAAACUUUAUGAAAGAUGCUUAAUUUCUUGUGCUCUAUACCCUGAAUUCUGGAUGCGCUAUGUUGAUUUUGUGGAUUCUAAGGGAGGAAGGGAAAUUGCCCUUGAUGCUUUGGAGAGAGCAACACUCAUCUUUUUGAAGUAUUGCGAAUUGCAGAAUGAGCCUGAAAUUCAUCUUUUCGGUGCUUGGUUUAAAGAAAAGAUUGGUGAUGUUGAUGGUGCCCAUGCAGCUUUUCUGCAUCCUGAUAAAGAUUUGGGAUCUUGUUUCAUUGACACAAUAAGGAGGAAAGCCAAUAUGGAAAGACGCAUGGGAAACAAUGCUGAAGCCUUGAGUAUAUACCGGGAAGCGCUUGAUUUUGCUGCAGAUAAGAAACCUGAAACACUUCCAAUGUUGUAUGUUCAUUUUGCACGUCUUCAAUACAUGAUUACAAAUAGUGUGGAGGUUACCCAAGAGGUUUUGUUCAAUGGAGUUCAGCGUGUGCCUCACUCAAAAUUACUACUCAAGGAACUCCUACAUUUUGUCCUGAUGCAUGAUGGACCAAAGCAACUGAACCUUUUGAAUUCUAUUAUAGCACAAGAGCUUGUCCCCAGAACAGAUGUUUCUGGUGGCCUGAGCAAUGAAGAUCAGGAGGAGAUAUCGAGAAUGUAUUUGGAGUUCAUCGACUCAUGCGGAAGCAUUGAUGAUAUAAUAAGGGCUUGGAAUCGCCAUUUAAAAAUUUUCCCACACUUGGCAAGAGAACAGUCUUUCCUCAAGAAGCCUGCUAAAGCUGGUCUUGAAUGGGAGAUGGUUGUUAAUCGUAGACCUAAUACUCUUACUAGCCCUCGAAAAGAUACAAACGAGCAUGUUGAGAAUCAUUUGGUUCAACUGUCUUCUCCAAGGAAACGAGUAGAGGACGGCAAUAGCAAUCUGAGUGAUUUGAAACUAGCGUCUUCGAAAGUUGGAAAGACCUUGGUGAUGGAUGAGAGCAAAGCAAAUGAAUUGGGCCCUGAUGGGAAAAAUCCCGGCGAAGCUGUCAAGGACUCUAAAUUAAGUGGGAUCCCAGAAAAACAAGAGCAAGAGCGAAGCGCUCAGCCAGAUUCGGUAGAGGAGGAUUAUGAUGAUAAAAUUGCAUCACGUCCUCGAGAAGCCUCUUUGUCAAACAAAAGCACACCAGCAGGGGGGGGUGUUAAUGAUGAAAUCCUAUCGACGAAAAACCUUGCAAGUCCUCGGGAUAAUUUUGCUGAGAAAUCAUGGAAUGAGUCAGCUAGUCCCUCUAGAACGAGACAUAAGAAUCCUUCAUCAACAUUAUCACCAGAUCAUCCUUUAGAAAAAGAUGGGAACCAGCGCCGAUUCAAUUCAUCAGGUAGAGUUCGUUCAAGAUUCAAUUCUCCUGGUGAUUCUGGAGAUCGGCUUCAAAGGUCACUUUCACCAAGGAGGCGUAAUUCUCAUGGGUAUUCGCAUGACCGACGCCAUAGAGAACGAUCUCUUUCUCCACGAAAGCCCAAUUCUCGCUGGAAUUCUGAAGAUCGUUGGCAUCGUGAUAGACAUCCUCGUCAAUUUUCCAGGUAUCAAGAUAAUUCAAGAAAUUACAGAGAUAAUCGGAUGCAAAACCAAAAUAGUCAGGUCAGUGGCAACAAAGGGCAAACUCAGGCUUCCCGACAGCAGUCUACUGGAUCUGCUACUCAAAAUCUACAUCCUGUUCAAUCCGUUCCAUACUCUCAAGCUCAGACAAACCAAUUUCCACUGCCUAGUAAUGAGCAAUAUGGAAAUGUGCAGAAUAACCAAGCAUACAACCAAAUGUGGCAAUAUUAUUACUACAACCAACAGCAACAGCUUCUGCAACAAACAUCGUUAGGCUCGCAGCAACAGAUGCAACGUCCACAGCAGCUGCAACAACAGAUGCAAAAUCCUGUACAACAGCAGCAUAUGCAAACCCAGCAGUCACAACAGACACCACCGCAUCCGCAACAGCUUCUACAAGCGCCGUAUCAGCAACAGCUUUAUCAACAAUCACAGUAUCAACAGCAACAGACUAAUGAGCAGCUACAAUUGAAAUUGCAGCAGCAAAUGCCACUUCCUCAACCGCAAAUGUACACACAACAGCAGCCACAAGAAGAGCAGCAACAGCCGGUACACAUUCAGCAGCAGCAACAGCCGCAAGAACAUCAACAGCAAGAACAACAAUCCUAUCAGUACCAGCAAGUUCAGCAACAACAAUACUUAUUCUACCUCCAGCAGCUGCACCAAUAUCAGCAGUCACUGCAACAGUCAGGAUUAGCUUCAGAUCAGAAUUCAUAUCAGCAACAACACAAUUUACCUGAAGAGCAACAAAAAGAAUUGCCAGAUCUGCAGCAUAGGAACGAUCAAUCACUGCUUCCGCAAGAUGAUGGUUCAGCACAAGUCGAUAUAAUAGGGAGUCCUCAACAGCAGGAUCAAGGAAAGGAGCUUAUUCAGGGUACAACUUCUGGAGCUCCUUCUGAUGAGUUGCCUGAAAUUGAAGGGACGGAUGAAUGAUGCUUGGGUUGGAUUUCUACCUCUGCUACGCAUGACUCAGCUUAGUAUUAUAGGCAUUAGGCAUCAGUAGAUAGGUCCAAAAUAAUCAACGGUGGAUCUUUUGUUAGGCGAACGGGGCUCGGCCCCGAAAAUUUUUAGGUCAUGUUAUAAAACCAAAAAAUAGCUCAAGUUGUACUUUAAAAAUAUGUGAUAUAGCGGUUAAGAGCAUAUUUUUAAUUCAAAGGUUGAGACUUUGAUUUUUGGUCC